GUAAGUGCGCAAAUCCCAGCAGAGAGGCAGCGCUCCGGCAGAGGAGCCUGUUCGCGGGGAGAUAGAGGUUGUCUGUCUGCGCUGCGAUUCAACCCAUCACCGGCGGGGAGGCUGCACCUUCCGCCGCGGACGGACCUGAACCAGCCGGGCUCGCCUCCGGAGCCCUCCGUAUGGGCUCACCAUGCGCAGGAUACGGGCCAACGCCAUCGCGAUUCUGACCGUCGCGUGGAUCCUGGGGACGUUUUAUUACCUGUGGCAGGACAACAAGCCGCCGUCGUCGCCGUCGUCGUCGGCGUCGCAGACCCGCGGCAGGAGCCAUGGGCAGAAGGUGGUCCCCGGUCGGCUGGAGAUCCACCGGGACGACAGGACCAUCCCGCUGAUAGUGACCCAGCCCCCGCGGCCCGAGCAGCAGGGCCAGCUGCUGGGCGGCUUCGAUGAGAAGGCCUACCUGGCGGGGAAACAGCUGAAGCCGGGGGACGACCCGUACAGAGAGCACGCCUUCAACCUGCAGGAGAGCGACCGGCUGGGCAGCGAGCGAGCCAUCAGAGACACCCGACACUACAGAUGCGCCUCUGUGAAUUAUGACGCCGACCUCCCCUCCACCAGUAUCAUUAUCACUUUCCACAACGAGGCUCGCUCCACUCUCCUUCGCACCAUCAAAAGCGUCCUGAUGAGAAGUCCUCCAUCUCUGAUUCAAGAAAUCAUCCUGAUAGACGACUUCAGCUCUGACCCUGAGGACUGCCAGCUGCUCUCUCAGAUCCCCAAAGUGCGCUGCCUGAGGAACGGCAGGAGAGAGGGUCUGAUCCGAUCGCGUGUGCGAGGAGCCAACACGGCCUCUGCCUCCAUCUUGACCUUCCUGGACAGCCACUGCGAGGUCAACGCCGACUGGCUGCAGCCGAUGAUCCAGCGAGUGAAGGAGGACCAUACGCGUGUGGUCAGCCCCAUCAUUGACGUCAUCAGCCUGGAUAACUUCGCCUACUUGGCUGCCUCUGCGGACCUGAGAGGAGGGUUCGACUGGAGUCUCCAUUUCAAAUGGGAGCAGAUUCCCAUCGAGCAGAAAAUGGCGAGGAGUGACCCCACGCAGCCAAUCAGGACGCCCGUCAUCGCUGGCGGGAUCUUCGUCAUGGACAAGAGCUGGUUCAACCACCUGGGCCAGUACGACACCCACAUGGACAUCUGGGGAGGGGAGAACUUCGAGCUUUCCUUCCGGGUGUGGAUGUGUGGAGGAAGUCUGGAGAUUCUUCCCUGUAGCCGCGUGGGUCACGUGUUCAGGAAGCGACACCCGUACGACUUCCCAGAAGGCAACGCUCUCACCUACAUUAAGAACACCCGGCGGGCUGCCGAGGUGUGGAUGGACGAGUAUAAACAGUACUACUACUCUGCCAGGCCGUCGGCCCAGGGCAAGGCUUUCGGGAGCAUCGCCGACCGUUUGACCCUGCGGCGGAAGCUGAACUGCAAACCUUUCCGCUGGUACAUGGAGAACGUCUAUCCCGAGCUGAGGGUCCCCGAGCAGGAGGCGGUGUCCAGUGUGCUCAAACAAGGCGGUUUGUGUCUGGAGACCCGUGGGACCGACAUCCUGGGCCUGGCGGAGUGCAGGGGCAUCGGCGCCAACAGGCCACCAUCACAGAGGUGGGAGCUGAUAGAGCCGCUGAUCCGACAGCAGGACCUCUGCUUGGCCAUUUCAGCCUUCACAGCGGGGUCAAAGGUCAAGAUGGAGCCCUGCAACACAAAAGAGCCCAGACAGAAGUGGAAACCAAAAGGCACGGCUCUGCAGCACAUGGUCAGCGGCCUCUGUCUGGACAGCAACACCCCGACGGGUCCCCCAGUCAUCACACAGUGUCGCCCCCAGAUGGCCAGCCAGACCUGGGAGCCACAAGUUAUCACCUGAGCCACCGCUGAUGGGGAGGAAGAGGGAGGAAGAGGGAGGAGAGGAGCAGAUUCUGGACCCGGGCCUUCGGGAGGAGGGCUCGGGGGAUCACAUCUGCACACUGUCUGUCGCCUUGCUGAGGGGUGAAAGGAGUGAGAACUGUACUUUUGUAAUGUCAACUUCAAGCUCCCGCUCGUUGUGUCUCGGUGACGAGAGCGUCGCUGACGACAUUUUAAGGCCUUGCUGAGCAAAACAUCUGAGGUCCUUCGUGUACAGUGCUUCGUCCUUCCAGGAUGCUGCAGUUCUUCUACGUAAUCUUAAGCUUUUCACUGAAAACUGUUGCACAUCUCACUUUUUAAUUUCUCUUAUCUAUCCUGGUCAACACUUUGCUUAAAAUUGGAAUAGUGUGGAUUGCCUCAGAACAAACGAGUGCAUACUGUGCUGUGGCAAAUGUGUUGAGGUGCACCUGACCUACUCUGAGUCAAAGUCCCUGCUUGUCUUGUUGCCUAGUCUUAGGUCGAGGCAUGUCUGAUGACUGUGUGGACCAGGGCAGCUUUAUGUAUCGCCAACUAAAAUCUGAAGCUUUGUUUUUUAUUUUUAUUGCUGAAUAGCAGUCUUGAAAGCACCAUGCAGAGCGCCGUCAGGAACAUUAUUUAUUGUUUUGCAUGGUCAGACCCAAAGAAUGUUUUUUUUUUUUGUUUUUUUCUGUCUCUCUACAAAGUUUUAUGUAAAUAUUUGAAGCAGAUAAUGGCUUGGUUUUUGUGUAAAGUACUCUAUAUGUUGUUUGAAAAAUAAAAUGUGGUAACA